AUGUGGAGAGUGCGCAAGAGCUGCCGUUCGCGGCCUGACGACGACUUCGACAGCGCGGACGAGUCGGCGUCCGUGGAGCUGGUGGUGCUGCCGCCACCGGAUCCGGACCCCGCCGACGAGGACUGGACGCCCCGUCGGGAGGAGGCGACGCCAGACGAGCGGCAGUCGGAGGCGCCCUCCGCGCAGGGCCGGAACUCCGGACGCCGAGGUGAGCAUGCGUCGGCGCCGGAGGAAGACCAGAGCGAGGAGCAGAUGCCGGAGGGCGUCACCACCACCACCAUCGAGUUCGUCUCGAUCGACGGCCCGCAGCGGCGUAGAGGCCGCGGCGCCGGCCUCGCCAAGUACGGACUGCCCAAGGUGAUCGAGUUCAGCAGCGUCAGCACGCUGCGCGAGCAGGUGAAGCACGUCAAGACGCCGCGCUGCACGCUCAAGCUGCGCCGGGCGAACCUGGCCGACAUGGACAAGAUCCAGCAUCUGAACGUCGACAACAAGAGUUUGAGCGCCGCUACCCACAUCCGGAGGUCGCACAACUGCGUCAGGUGCGGUGAGGUGCUGCACACGCUGAAGGAGCAGAUCGAGCACCUGCACACGGCGCACAAGGGCAAGAGCUGGUGUCGACGCUGCAGGACGGAGUUCGACAGCAAGCAGGCCAAUGCGGAGCACCGCCCGGAGUGCAAGCGGGUCAACGCGGCAGGUGUGUGCGGCCGGUGCGGUAAACACGUCAAGCACCUGAAGACCCACAUGAGGACGCACGACUCGCCCAACAAGCGGAAGCGGGAGCCGGUGAUAGGGCCGGACGGCAAGAUGGUGAGCGCCUCGCUGGCAGGCGGGGUCUGCAACAUCUGCAAGAAGUUUGUCUCGCACCGGCUGAAGCGACACGUGGACUCCCACAUCCAGCAUCCGUGCCCCAUCUGCAAGAAGCUCUUCAGCCGGGAAGACGUGAUCGCUGGACACAUCAAGCGCGUGCACAUGAAGGAGCGGCCUUACGUCUGCAACCACUGCGGCAAGGGCUUUGUCUCCCUCUACAGCAUGCAGCGGCACGAGAUGAUCCACACCAACUCGUACAGGUUCUACUGCCAGGAGUGCGGCGACGGCUUCCGCCAGAAGCAGCAGCUGACGGCGCACAUGCGCCACAAACACGGCGUACUAGAGAUCGAGUUCGAGGACGUCACAGAGUCCACGAUCCUGGAGGAGAUGGCCGACGACGCCGUGGCCAACGAACUCAGGUUCUACUGCCAGGAGUGCGGCGCCGGCUUCCACUCGCGCCGCCAGCUAACCGGUCACAUGCGCCGCAAGCACGGCGUCGCCAACGUCGUGUUCGAGGACGUGCAGCUGCAUGUGACCGACCACAUGGUGAGAGGGGCGGCGACGGUGACUGACUGA